CAAUAAUCAACCACAAAACCAUCUUUCCCUUCAUUCCUCUCACGCAUCCACCACCCAGGAACUCAAUCUACCUCAACCCGUUUUCCCAGCCCAAAUAUCUGCGAUCCAUCUCUACGGCUAUGCUAGCAAUCUAAAUCCGACCAGGAUUCCCAUUCGAGAUCACGCCCCACGGACCGUCCGCCCUCUAUUCGGCAAUUUGACGACCAGCGAAAUACCGAUGAGAAAAACAUAGUACAUGUUUCGCACUGACCGGUACGCUCAUCGACCCAAGGUCGCGUAUAGUGUUCAUCUAUGCGAAUGUGGGACGCCGAGGCGAGUUCAUCUAUGGUGCGGUGUUCGUGGUGGCGGACUGAUAAGAUGGGAGUGAGUACCGCGGGGGUGAAUUGUGCGGUAGCUUUUCAUCGAUUCUUUUGCGCUUUUUUUUUGUCUAGGAGAUAUCCUUUUUGCGUGAUCGAACGACAAAAAUGUUCACGACCGCCGGUAUACUUGGAUUCGUGGUAUUUGCGGGAGGUGUCUUCGCGCAGAAGACGGGUGUCGAGCUCGAUGAACCGAUGUUGAGAGGUGGGGGCAUGAGAGGGCAAGGGGCGAUGCUGAGGUUUGGUUGCUCGCAGGUUGUAGUUGAGCGUCUGGAUCCUUUGGUGAACCCAGGCUUGAAUCCAUCAACUCAUAUGCAUCAGAUCGUUGGAGGCAAUGCAUUCACGCCAUCGAUGCCAUAUUCCGACAUCGCCCAGCUCGCCAAUUGCACGACUUGCCACUUCAAACAAGACCUCUCGAACUACUGGACCGCAAACUUGUACUUCAAAGCGAGGAAUGGAAGCUACAAACGCGUUCCCCAGAUCGCCAACCAGUUCAACGACUACGAUAAUGCCGGGUUGACAGUAUACUACACCAGUCCCGGCAAAGGCCUCACGACAGCCUUCAAGCCCGGCUUCCGAAUGCUAACCGGCGACGCCACGCGCCGCACCUCGGAAAACCUAGGCCGCAAGAUGCAGCAAUGCUACCGCUGCUACACGGCGCCUGACUUUGGCGGCGCCCUCUCCAGCCCCUGCAUGGAUCCCAAGUACGACACCGACCACUUCCCGACGCAGCCCUGCGCCGGCGGCAUCCGCUCCAACAUCAUCUUCCCCCUGUGCUGGGACGGAAAGAACCUCGACUCGCCGAAUCAUAGGGACCACGUCGCUCAUCCUGUCGGAGGGCCGACGUCGUUUAGUGUUGUUAAUGGGACGUGCCCGAGUAGCCAUCCUAUCAAGAUUCCGCAGGUCAUGCUGGAGGUCAUGUGGGACACGACGCCGUUCAACGACCCCGCGGACUGGCCUGAGGACGGAUCGCAACCUUUCGUCCUGUCGACGGGCGACGCGACGGGGUUCGGCCAGCAUGGAGACUAUGUGUUUGGGUGGGAGGGCGACAGCUUGCAGCAGUCGAUGGAUAAUAGGUGUUAUCUGAGGAACUGUACGCUACUGACGGAGUUGGCGCCCAAGGUCAAGAAUGAGUGUCAGGUGCCGGUUACGGUUGAUGAGGAUAUUGAGGGCUGGAUGACCGAAUUACCUGGCGGCGGGAACGGAGACAAGUGAGCUCUUGUAAUAAUCUAGCAAUGGUAUCUAAGGUAUAUCCGCAACAACCCAU